UGACUUGAUCCUGCACCAUUUGUCACGGAAUCCACCCACUGCAUCUGCUGUCUGACCGUUUCUGAUUGGAAUUUUGUGCCUAUAUCCUUGGCACAGGAUAACCGGAAAAUGCUUGUUUAUUGUUAUCGUCCACUGCAGGCGGAUGGAAGUUUGUGAAUUUUAUGAAAAGUGAAUGCAGGACCGAAAAUAUCGAAAGAAUGCAGAAAAUUGGUGACUAUCAACGCAUAGAGAAGAUCGGAGAGGGAACGUACGGGGUUGUUUACAAAGCGAAGGAUGUGAACACUCAAAGAUAUGUUGCCCUCAAGAGAAUACGAUUGGAUAGUGAGACAGAAGGUGUCCCUUCUACCGCCAUUCGGGAAAUUUCUCUGCUCAAGGACCUCCAGCACCACUCGAUUGUCGAGCUGUUCGACGUGGCCGUAAUGGACUCCAGCAUUUACAUGAUCUUCGAGUAUCUGGACAUGGAUCUGAAAAAGUUACUUGAUAAACACAAGUCCUCAUUCACACCCCAGCUGGUCAAAAGCUACAUGCAUCAGAUGCUUGACGCAAUCGCGUUCUGUCAUCUGCACCGAGUUCUUCAUCGGGAUCUGAAACCGCAAAAUUUGCUAGUGGAUCGCGAAGGUCAUCUCAAACUGGCGGAUUUCGGUCUGGCGCGAUCGUUCAACUUUCCCAUGCGAACGUACACCCAUGAGGUGGUCACACUUUGGUACCGUCCGCCGGAGAUCCUCCUUGGGGCCAAAUUUUACAACACUGGGGUCGACAUUUGGAGCUUGGGGUGCAUCUUUGUCGAGAUGAUCCUAAAGCGGCCGCUUUUUCCCGGCGAUAGCGAGAUCGACCAGAUGUACAGGAUCUUCCGCACUUUGGGUACCCCGGAUGAGACGCGAUGGCCCGGAGUGUCGCAGCUGUCGGAGUAUAAACGCAGUUUCCCUCGGUGGGAGCCCCAGGCGAUUCCAGAGCAGAUCUAUCAGCAUAAGGCGGUUGGUCUGUGGACAAGGAUGAUGGUGUACGAUUCGACGAAGCGAAUCUCCGCCCGGGCUGCUAUGCAGGAUCCGUACUUCGAUGAUGUGCAGCUGGUGGCACCCGGCAUUUGAGAUGGAUUUGGUGACCUGUGUUGCAGAAGUGUUUGAUUUUUCUAGUAAACUUUCCGCAGACUGCAAACGUUAUUUUACCUAUAACGUAGGAAAUUACUGAGACUGUUUUUACGGAAGGUUUAAUAAAGGGAGGUUUGUUGUAUGACUGUUGACUUUCAUCAAACUGUUUUAGUUUUGUAUGGAAUGAAAACUAUAAUUGAACGAUUAUGAAGUUUGUGAGAAACAUGAAAAGUAUUUUCACCGUUUAUAAGUCAGGUAUAUUUUCUUGCUUUUCAUAGAGUUAGCCUCCUUUCUAUAAUGGAUUUUUUUUUUACGUAGAACUACGUCUUUCAUUAAGGGUGUUGAAUCAGAAAACAAGUCACGUUUUCUAUGAAAUAAAGUUAACGUUAAUAACUAUUUUUGCCGCAAAC